AUGGUGGUGCCAUGCAAUUAUCAGGGUGCAAAAAUCGCAUUCAAAAUCGACAAAGGUAUCAACCCAAACUAUUUUGCGUGUGCAGUUGAAAGCAUCAAUGGAGACGGUGACAUUGGCUCUAUGCAGCUCAAACCCGCAAAUUCUGGCUGGAUUCCAAUGAAACAAUCCUGGGGUGCAACAUGGAGUGCUAACAUUAACCGUGCAACUCAAGGCCCACUCUCCUUCAGAAUUACUACCUCGUCCGGGAAAUCUAUUGAAGUUGAUAACGCAGUUCCAGCGAAAUGGAUUUCCCUGAGCUUUGGACAGGGUUUUGCACCUGGUUUGGCUACAUGGUACGGACCUCCUGAUGGCCCUGGAAGUGGAGGAGCCUGCGGAUUUGACACAGAUGUCGGACAACCCCCAUAUUCAGGCAUGAUAUCUGCCGGAAAUGCCAAGAUCUUCCUCUCAGGACAUGGCUGUGGUCAGUGUUUUCAGGUGCAAUGCUCAGCUGAACAAUGCUCGGGCCAACCAAUCACUGUGACUAUCACAGAUGAAUGUCCUGGAGCCUGUAACAAUGUGCCAUUUCAUUUUGACCUGAGUGGCCAUGCUUUCGGGGCAAUGGCUAAACCUGGACAAGAACAUAAUCUCCGCCAACGAGGACAAGUUGAUAUCCAAUUUAAAAGGGUGCAAUGCAAUUAUCAGGGUGCAAAAAUCGCGUUUAAAAUCGACCAACAUAUCAAUCCAAACUAUUUCGCAUGUGCAAUUGAAAGCAUCAAUGGAGACGGUGGCAUUCGCUCUAUGCAACUCAAACCCGCAAACUCUGACUGGAUUCCAAUGCAACAAUCCUGGGGUGCAACAUGGAGUGCUAACAUCAACCCUUCAACUCAAGGCCCACUUUCCUUCAGAAUUACUACCUCAUCCGGAAAAUCUAUUGAAGUUGCUAACGCAGUUCCAGCGAAAUGGGCUGCCGGGGCAAAAUACAUUUCAAAUGCCAAUUUUUGA